AUGAGCGCCGUGUCCGGGUGGUCGAGAUAUAUCUGUCUCUGCCUCUGUCUGUCUCGCUGCGGUCCCCCAGAUCAGCCUCGUUCUUUUUUGGCUUCAGAGGAAAAGAGAAAAAUGGAAAUUCCCCUUUCUCCAACUCCAUUCUCUUGCUCUAGUGUCUCUGCCAGCUGCAGGUUCGUGCAUUGGUCCUAUCGCGAGAUGGUCACCCUCUCCCAGCGACGACUGGCUGUCGGUGACUUAGAACUCGAAUCACCCUGGUCGUGUCUAGAUCGAGGUAUCCAUACUUUGUUCGCGUUGGACUGGACGUUGUAUGACUGA